AUGGCGGAGGAGAUGGCCGGAGUGUUGGAGGAAACCCAGCGGUCAGAGCCGGGGAUCCGCCGCCAGAGGAGGCUGCUAGGAGGCUGCGUCAGGCUGCGCACAGCAGGCAAAAAGCAGUUGUUCAUAACCAAAGAACAGUUUCUCCCAGGGCAGCAGGAGUGGAGCAUCAGUGUGGGCCAGAAAGAACCGGAGCACCCGCACAUUAAAGAGGAAGAGGAGGAACUGUUUAUUGAACAGGAGCGGGUCGACAUCACUGUCGUGACUGUGAAGAGUGAAGGGUUUCAUCAGGGUCAAGUCCAAGAGACCACAGAGAAUCAUGGAGCAGGCAUGUCAUGUCCACACGGGUUUGAAGCAGAACACCAGCAGUUUUUGGGGAUUAAAGAAGAGUCGUCUCCCAGCUGCAGUCCCAGUGUAGACCUGCAGGGGUCCGAAUUCUGUCACAUCAAAGAAGAAAAAGGAGAGGAUGAUAUCGUUGCUGUGGUUGUGAAGAGUGAGGAUGACCAAGAAAAACAUCUCAUUCCUGGUUUCACGGAACUGAAAUGCAGCUUGGGUUUAAAAGAACAUCCAGAAGGAGGUGCUGAAAAUACAACCGUAGAUUCGUCUGAGACUGAAGACAGCGAAAGUGAGUGGAAUGGAGCUAACGAACUUCAGGGUUCGAAAAUGACCAACAGAAAUUCAGCUCCAAGUGACAUAAGCGGUAACGCUCAUGAAGAACUCGGCAGUUGCGAACUUGGAUAUGAAUUGCGUCUCCAAAGUCACGAGGAAAGUGAUUUUGGAGAGAAACCAUUUAGUUGCUCUUUGUGUGGUACAAAGUUUACCCGAAAAAGUAAUCUGAGAAAACAUGUCAAACUUCACACAGGUGAGAAACCAUUUAGUUGCUCCAAUUGUGGUAAAAGGUUUACAGAAAAAAGUGAUCUGAAGUCUCAUGAAAAAGUUCACACAGGAGAGAAACCAUUUAGUUGCGCCAACUGUGGUAAGAGCUUUUCUCACCGCCACAGUCUGAAGUCACAUGAGAAAAUUCACACUGGAGAAAAACCAUUUAGUUGCUCUAUGUGUGGGAAAAGUUUCACGCAACAGAGUAAUCUGAAGACACAUGAAAAAAUUCAUACCGGAGAGAAACCUUUUGGUUGCUCUGUGUGUGGUAAAAGAUUCAACCAAAGUAGUAGUCUCAGGACCCAUGAGCGAUUCCAUACAGGGGAGAAGCCAUUCGGUUGCUCCGAGUGUGGUAAAAGGUUUACACAGAAGAGUGACAUGAAGACACAUCUGAAGAUUCACACGGGUGAGAAACCAUUUAGUUGCUCUGAGUGCGGUAAAAGAUUUAUCCAAAGUGGUGGUUUGAAGUAUCACGAGAAAUUCCAUACAAGAGAGAAGCCAUUCGGUUGCUCCGAGUGUGGUAAAAGAUUCAAACAAAAGAGUGAUUUAAAGGCACAUUUGAAAAUUCACACGGGUGAAAAACCAUUCAGUUGCUCCAAGUGUGGGAAAACAUUCAUUCAAAAAAGUGGAUUAAAGUCACAUGAGAAAAGUCAUAAAAGGGAGAAACCCUGAGUUGCUGACACACAGUUUGAGAUUGAACGUGACAGCGUGGCUGCAGUGAGCUGUCGAUUCAAACGAUUCUCUUCAUACAAAGCACUGAUUUAAAAAGACUUGAUUGAAAUGCUACUUGUGCAACUGAAAAAUGUCAAACUGACGAAACGAGGAGUGAAGAAGAGUCAUUGUUGACAGUCAACUGUCUGAUUCCUUUCCUGACUUGCACUUUGUAUUUAAACUGUUGCGUAAAUAUGUCGAAUUACGUGCAUACAACAUUUGGGAGGAAAAUUGUGAAAGAAAAAUGACAAAGAAUGUUGGAUAAAGCAUUAUUAAAAUACUGUUUGUCCAGGAAUGGGAAAAACUAAGGCCCGGGGGCCGGAUGUGGCCCGUUUAGCUUUUUAACUUUUCCAAAUUAUAUAAUUUAUUUAUAUUAUCAUUAUACUUCUGCCUUUUCCCUGCAAUACGCACAUUUCACCAAUAGAUGGCGUAGAAAGUGAUAAAAGCAUUUUAACCUUUAUGCAUGACUUUUACAUGUCUUAAUUUUCGUAGUUCACGCGAACGCUCCAUGAGAAGCCCGCCCCCGUUCAAGUUUAGGACCAAUUGCGGCCCGCGACCAAUUAUUGAUGUGCAUUUUUCCCAAAUGAUGAGUUUGGAGUUUUAUGGAAUCAGUUUGGAAAAAUACUGUUGAUUAUUUACUAUUUUAUUGUAUAAUAAAAAAUGAUCACCUCUCUGUUUAACGAUGCUGGCAUCUUCCCCCAUACUGAGUUUAACUUAAUAAACCGUUCAAAUUCUACCAGAGAGUUGAGGCAUCCUUUAGAUAGUGGAUACAGACGGCGUUCACCAGCACUGUUGUAUAUGAUGAAUAAUAAACAGACAUAUUUGAUAUAACCA